UUGGUUCCGACCAUGAUUACUUAAAGCCAGGAUUCUUCUUCCUGACACGUUAUUGUUGCAUCAGCAUCCAGCAGAGUCGCAAUGUCCACCUCAGGAGAGCAAGCCUUUGAAUAUGGCUUCUUGCUCCAAAUAAAAGAGGAUGCCGCACUGGCAGUGGCACUGAAUGACUACCUAACCACUCGCAGCUACCUGGCUGGUUUCAGCCCUUCACAGGCUGACCAGAAAGCAUUUAAGCGUCUCCACAGGCCCCCAGACCCACAACAUGUCCACGCUCUGCGUUGGUACAGACACAUAACAUCCCUGCAGCAGGACCUGAGCCCAGACAGCAGCAGGAAAGGAAAGAGAGUGCAGCCUCAGUGGUCUCCGCCAUCUGGGACAGAUGUUCCUCAGCUUCGACUCUACAAUAGUCUCACCAGAGCAAAGGAGCUAUUUGUUCCUCAGAAUGGAAACAAGGUCACCUGGUACAGCUGCGGGCCGACAGUGUAUGACGCCUCCCACAUGGGACAUGCCAGAUCAUACAUCUCUUUUGAUAUCCUACGAAGGGUAUUGAAGGACUACUUCAAGUAUGAUGUUUAUUACUGCAUGAACAUCACAGACAUAGAUGACAAAAUCAUCAAAAGGGCACGGCAGAACUAUCUAAUGGAACAGUACAAGGAGAAGCAACCACAGGCUGCUCAAAUAUUGAAGGAUGUGCUGACUGCCCGAGGGCCCUUUCAGGCCCGUUUGGCCACAACUACUGACGCAGAUAAGAAACAGAUGCUGGAAAGGCUCGAUGCCUCCAUCACUGGUGCUCUAAAGCCUCUUCAGGCAGCGUUGGAGAGUAAAGCAGCCGAUGAUGUGGUGCAACCUCUGGCCCAGGCACUACUGGCAAAUUCCAAGGACAUGCUCUCUGACUGGCUGGACAGUCAGUUUGGAAGUGAAGUCACGGACAACUCAAUCUUCGCAAUUCUGCCUAACUUUUGGGAGGGAGAGUACCAUAAAGACAUGAACGCCUUGAACGUUCUUCCUCCUGAUGUCCUUACUCGCGUCAGUGAAUAUGUGCCAGAAAUUGUGGAGUUUGUGAAGAAGAUUGUCUCAAAUGGCUAUGGGUAUGAAUCGAAUAGCUCUGUUUACUUCAACACUGCAAAGUUUGAUGCCAGUCCACAGCACUCGUAUGCCAAACUUGUGCCAGAGGCAGUUGGAGAUCAGAAGGCUUUACAAGAGGGAGAAGGUGACCUGAGCAUUUCUGCGGACCAAUUAAUUGAGAAAAGGUCACCUAAUGACUUUGCCUUGUGGAAAGCAUCCAAGCCCGGAGAGCCUUCAUGGGACUCUCCUUGGGGAAAGGGAAGACCUGGAUGGCAUAUUGAGUGCUCGGCCAUGGCUGGCUCCAUGCUGGGGGAGUCUAUGGACAUUCAUGGUGGUGGCUUUGAUCUCAGAUUCCCCCAUCAUGACAAUGAGCUGGCUCAGUCUGAGGCUUUCUUUGAGAAUGAUCACUGGGUCCGUUACUUCUUGCACACUGGUCACCUGACAAUUGCAGGGUGCAAAAUGUCAAAAUCUCUGAAGAAUUUUAUCACCAUCAAGGAGGCCUUGGCAAAAAAUACAGCCCGACAGCUUCGUCUAGCUUUCUUGAUGCAUUCAUGGAAAGACACCUUGGAUUACUCCCCCAACACUAUGGAGUUAGUUGUCCAGUUCGAGAAGUUCCUGAAUGAGUUCUUCUUAAAUGUGAAGGACAUUAUGCGUGCACCUACAGACAUCACUGGGCAGUUUGAAAAGUGGGAUGAAGCAGAGGUGGCGCUUAACAAAAGCUUUUUCGACAGGAAGUCAGCCGUCCACGAGGCUCUGUGUGACAACAUUGACACCCGCACAGCCAUGGAGGAGAUGAGGCAGUUGGUUAGCCACAGCAACAGCUACAUCGCGAGCAAGAAAAGUGCUAAGCUGGGACCCAACCGCAUGCUAAUGGAAAGUAUCGCCAUAUAUCUCACCCAAAUGCUCAAGACAUUUGGUGCAAUUGAAGGAUCAGAGCCCAUUGGCUUCCCAGUUGGAGGAGAAGGACAGAAUGUUGACCUGGAGAGCACUGUGAUGCCUUACCUUUCAGUACUCUCGAAGUUCCGAGAGCAAGUCCGAACAAUCGCCAGAGAGCAGAAGGUCAUGGAGUUGCUGCAGCUUUGUGAUGAUGUCCGUGAUGUAACAUUACCGGAGCUUGGUGUCCGACUUGAAGAUCAUGAAGGACUGCCAACUGUGGUGAAACUGGUGGACAAGGAGAUUUUACUGAAAGAAAGGGAAGAGAAGGUCAAGCUGGAGGAAGAGAAGCAGAAAAAGAAAGAGGAGGCUGCCAGGAAGAAAGAAGAACUGGAGAUGGCAAAGCUGGCUAAAAUGAAGAUCCCUCCAUUUGAGAUGUUCCUCGCAGAGACAGACAAAUAUUCCAAAUUUGAUAAAACGGGUUUCCCCACUCAUGAUGCUGAAGGGAAGGAACUCAGCAAAGGUCAAGAAAAGAAGCUGCGCAAGCUUUUUGAAAACCAAGAGAAGAUACAUAAAGAGUAUCUUUUGAGCAAAGGCGUGCAGUCAGUGGUGGAAAAAAAAUAAUUGAAUUAAUAUUGUUCAAAAAUUCGAUUCAAUGGUCUGUGUUUAGUUUUUUUUUUUUUCCAAUAAUGUGUCUUGUUUCACAGUCAAAACUGCUGCAUUUGUGUAUACCAUGACUUAAACUCUCGAUAUUGGUCUACCAUUUGAAAAUUGCCUUCAAAUCAAAUCAAAAAGUGAAUUUUUAAUGUCGGUCUCCUAAAUUCACGGCAAAUACAUCACUCUGUUUAGCUCCUAAAUGUGUACAUUUGACUUUGCCAAUGCCUUACCGUGAACCUCAACACACAGCACGCCAUUGCUUAAAAGCCCCAAACUGACAAGACUGCAGACUAACAACAGGGUAAAGGCCUGACAUAAUUGAGCCACCUUAACAAAUGCAACAGUGGGGGCGGGGGGAUCCUCUCUGCUUCUAAGAUCUCACAGUGAACACAUUUUGUGUGCUUUGCUCAAAGGUCCUGCAGGCAUUUGUUGCCUAUACCCACAACCUUCGAUCAAACAAAUGCUAUAUUCGGUGACAGUAUUAGCCACUUUUUCACAGCGUUCCUGAAACUCAGGCCCAUCCAGAUUCAGAAAGCCAAACCCCAAAAAAGAAGCCAGCGGUCAGUCACAUUUAUUCGGUGUAGCCCUAAAAAUCACUCAAAAUUGAAUGUGUUGCGAUUAUAACUCCCAAUUGAAUAUUCAGUUCCGAAUAUCAGAAUACAUGUGAAGGAUUCCAAAUGUAAAGGCAAGGCUAAGAUACUUGUAGUAGCUUCACAAAUUAUGGAACCAUAUGAAGACUUUUUAAUAUGCAAAGACAGAUGCCCACAGUACAUAUAGGGUGUCUAAAUGAUUUGAUGAAGUAGUUCUAAAUUACUUAUUGUGUUUUUGGACAUAGUAUUCUAGUUAUAUUGAUGUACGUUAUAUUCAGUCUUUGUCACAACCUUAUCAUGUUUACUUAUUAGUCAUGUCCCAUUUACUUCCUUGCUCAUACAGAAUUCAUUGUGGAAGACUAGUAUCUGUCUGUCGACAAAUACAGAUGUGAUGAAAUGUCUUCAAAUAAAAACUGCAAUCUUUUU